GGGUUUCACUUCACCUUAAGUCGAAGCUAAUUAUCUUUGAGGAUGCAGCGAGAUUGUUUACGCAGUUGGAAAGGUAAUGCGGCGCUCAGUUAGGAUCCGUGGAUGAUGAUUUCCAUCCCGGUCUUCGGAGAUGUAAGAGCCUUCCGUUCGAAGGAACUUACAUCAGAGUUACGUAGAACAUGUUAUAGCACCGUGAUGGAGGGAGCAAGUCGAGAGUGAGCGCGACCACCAGUUGCGGGCGACACGGCCGCGGAAACGCACGCGGAAUUCGCGCGGCCGGCCGUUCCUCCCUGCUAAUAACACGUUUCUUAAUAACAAUUAACAUAUCCGACAAAAGUCUCUCCAUACAAGUAGGGCGAGAAGUUCACUAAACGCCGUUAAAGAGUCUAACCGUGCGCGCAUCGCGUGAACUGUUUCUUAAAAAGAAAAAUAAGUAAAUAAAAAGGAAAAAAAAGAAGGAUUGAAAUAAAUAAUGCAUCCGCUAGGAAGAUCCACGUAAAAAUUAAGCGCAUGUAGUCCCGCGGAGGAGUCGAAACGAGUCGACCAUUCCUAAUCCGAGGAACUCUCGCCAAAGAGAUCUCUUAAGCGUAAUGGACGAAGAAGAAGAACGCACCGCCAAGGCAAUCGCCGAUGACAGCAGCGACAAGGAGUUGGAGGACCUGCGAAGCAGGUACGAGGGAAAAUUAACGGCCAGCCUCUACACCGGGAAUCUCUUCGUGGCCGUCCUGGCGUCACUUUCCGCCCUCGUCGCGCUCUGCUGUUUGCACGUCAACGACCUCGCGCACGUGCUCCUGCCGAUGUGCGCCCUGACGACGAUGCUCUUCUCGUCCACGAGUCUGCUGGUGGUUUCGCACUUCCCGACGAUCCUGUCCUCGUCCCGAGCGCGGUUCCUGGUGGGUCUGGUGUCGUCCUUGGUCCUAGGUCCCGCCAUCCUGGCCCUGGAUGCCCCCGUUCCCCUCUGCGCCUGCAUCCUGGCCAUCGCAUCCGCUCUUCCAAGGGCCAGGAAGCAGUGCCCCUCCUUCGUCGCCGUCUUCCUGGCGAUCCUCUACCUGGGCAACAAGUGUCGCCACUUCUUCAUGGACGUCGACCUCAAGGACACCGCUUACUACCUGCAGGCCGCAGGGGAGACGGUCCUGCUCCUCGCUGCCAUCUCUGCAGGGCUUUACUUCAGGAUGCUGACGGCCAGGGCUCGUCGAAGGACCUUCACUGGCACCAGGACCGUCAUCGAGUCUCGGGUGAAACUCGAGUGCGAGAGGGAACAACAGGAGCAACUUCUCCUCAGCGUAAUCCCGGCUUACAUCGCCGCCGAGGUUAAACGAAGUAUUAUGCUGAAAAUGGCGGACGCUUGUCAAGAGGCCAACGCUCACAAGCAAACCCGGUUUCAUGAGAUGUACGUACAACGGCACAACAAUGUCAGUAUACUGUACGCGGACAUCGUGAAUUUCACGCCCCUCUCGGAGCAGCUUUCCGCCUCUGACCUGGUGAAAACCUUGAACGAGCUCUUCGGGAGGUUCGACCAGAUCGCCCAGGACAACCAGUGCAUGAGGAUCAAGAUCCUGGGGGACUGCUACUACUGCGUCUCCGGACUUCCGGUCUCCAGGCCGAACCACGCGUACAACUGCGUCAACAUGGGCCUGCAAAUGAUAGAGGCGAUAAGAUUUGUCCGCGAGGCGACCGGCUUCAACGUCGACAUGAGGAUCGGCAUUCACACGGGGAAUGUCCUGUGUGGGGUCCUGGGGCUUCGGAAAUGGCAAUUCGACGUUUGGAGCGACGAUGUAACCCUUGCCAAUCACAUGGAAAGUGGCGGCCUUCCCGGGCGAGUCCACGUAACGAAGGCGACUCUUCUCCAGCUGGGCGAUCGCUUCGAGGUCGAGCCUGGGGAGGGAGGAUCGCGAGAGGGCUACCUUGCCGACCACAACGUCGAGACCUUCCUGAUAAUUCCACCCAAGCAAUCGAAGAAGCAGCGCGCGACAGAGGGCAAGGACCGAUGCAUGACCGUGCCCGGACCAACGCCUUCAAGGUCACGGCCUAGCAGUAAGAUGACGAAGUACGUGGAAUGCUGGGGAGCCGACAAGCCUUUCGCGAACAUCGCCGAGACGACGCUGGCAAAGAACAUCGGGCUGACGAGCAUCGCGAUGAUCGAGUCCAACCUGCUGGCGAGUAGCGUGAGCUGCUUCGACAUUAAACAAUGGUGCGGAGGGAGCGAGGGGUUGUCGCUGUUGACUUACCGGUUCAGAAACAGCACCCAGGAGCGUCAGUACACGGGUCAGAGGGAUCGAGACUUCCCUCGCUAUCUCCUAGCUUCGAAUGUCCUCUACAUGACGAUGUUCUGCCUGCAGAUCAUUUAUCUACCUAGGAGCCUCGUGGUCUACGGGUGUUUCUCCGCUGGUUUCGUCUCCCUGUGCAUCCUUGCUGGGAUAUCUUGGCUUGCCAGCAAGUCGGAAAGUCGCUUCGGUAGCAGUGAUAAGCCGGGUCUCACCAGAGGAAUCGGGAUCGCCGUUUACAUCUCGACGGCUACUUUGGCGGUGGCAUCUUCUCUGAUCAGCUUGGUCGACGUCGACCGGACGGAAGGGUCCGACUUCGUGCCGGCGUUCGUGCACUCGGCAGUAAUCGCCCUCCUGGUAGGCUGGACUCACCUGGGCAUCGGGUUCCUCCUGAAGCUGGGAGUGACGCUGAUCUCCAUACUGGUAACUCUGAUAGUUCUCUCGCAAAUCCCGGCAGUGGCCGUUCGCUACACCCAAAGCAACAACGAAUUUUCCGGUGUCCACUACUUGGGGCAGAUAGGGUACCUCCUCCUGUUGGUGGCCUCGGUGCUCCACGUCUUGGACAGGCAGAUAGAGUACACCUCCAGGACGGACUUCCUGUGGAAGAGCAAGCUCAGGGUCGAGCAGGACGAGGUGGAGACCAUGAGGGGCAUCAACAAGAUCCUGCUGGAGAACAUACUUCCGGCCCACGUAGCCGAUCACUUCUUGGCCACCAGAACGAACCAGGAUCUCUAUCAUGAGAGGUACAACAGUAUAGCGGUCAUGUUCGCCUCCAUCCCGAAUUACAAGGAGUUCUACGACGAGACCGACGUUAAUAAACAGGGCCUGGAGUGCUUGAGACUCCUCAAUGAGAUAAUCUGCGACUUCGACAAGCUCCUCCUGAAGCCGAAGUUCUCAGGAAUCGAGAAGAUCAAGACCAUAGGGAGCACCUACAUGUUGGCGUCGGGUCUCAGUCCUGGAAAGGAAGGAUCCGAUGAGAGGGAUCCGGAGACGCGUCACGAUCACAACGUGAUCGUCCUCGUCGAGUUCGCCAUUGCCUUGAUGACGAUUUUAGAUCAAAUCAAUAGGGAGUCCUUUCAGAGGUUUAAACUGAGGAUGGGUCUCAAUCAUGGCCCCGUGAUCGCUGGAGUGGUCGGGGCACAAAAGCCUCAAUACGAUAUUUGGGGUAAUACGGUAAAUGUCGCCUCGAGGAUGGACAGCUGUGGAGAAAUGGGCAGACUCCAAGUCACCGAGGAAUCGGCGAUGGUCCUGAAGAGUGCUGGAUACGAACUCAUUUGCCGUGGACCUACCUACGUUAAGGGAAAGGGCACGCUAACAACUUAUUUUGUUAAGACGCCGUUCGACGAUAAGCAGAACGGGUACUGAAGACUGCCUUUGUUUUUGACAGUACGUCUUAAAAAAGUUGAAGAGACGAGGGUCGAGGAAACGAGUGUCGUCCGAAGACACGAGCGUAUUUUCUGGCCUCUCGAAGAGCCAUCUUUCAGAUAUGCCGAAGGCUCGAACACAGACCAAAGAAAUGUCCGGAUGACCCGAAAUUCAAAAGGAACUCACGGCCUCUGGUACAACUUAUGCACUUAACGAUAAGAGAAUCAGUAGAUGAAGUAGCUCUAAGGAUUGAACGGUACCUAAUAUGAUACAAUAUUCAAAUGAAGAUACAUCGUUAACAGGAAUGAAAGGAUUUGUAGUUCGAUAGAGUGAAGCGACCUACUAAUGAUCGUUCUUGUUCCUUUGACUGGUCGAUAUUAAAUGAUUCUGCACAAAGAUGACGUGGUAGUCUUUUAUAACUUUCCGUGUCCUAUUUUCUAAACAC